ACAUUCCCCCUUUCCCUCCCAGUACCAGAAACCCCCAAGCCAAACAACAACAACAACAACGACCAAAAUGCAAUUCACCAUCGCCACCGUCAUGAUCGCCACCACCGCCAUCCACGGCGCUACAGCCCAGCUAUGCGAGCCCGACUUCUACGCUCCAGACAUUGUCCAGUUCUCCUCUUGUGCCACAGCCAACGCAGCCGGUACCGAUCCGGCGCCCAUGGUCGCAUACAUGUCCGGGUUUCUCGGGUGUCAGAACAUCAUCAACGGCGAUACGAAUCCGCUUACGGGCAUCAUCAAAGCUCAUCAGUGCCAUCAGGGCUUUGCUGCUUCGGACGAGGUGCCUGGGUUUUUGGGAAAUAGUAUUCUUCUUGAGGUUCCGUGCCAGCCUGGGGAUAAGUGUCCAUAA